AUGGACCGCGCUCGUCGGACUGCAGCAACCACACGUCGCAAAACAUUGGGCGGUUCUGCCUCUCCUCAAUCUACUCCUCCUGAAAGUUUGUCUGAUCAUCCUUCGUCUGCAAGUCCGGUAAUGGCGCAUGCGUCUGCCGCAAAUAGCCCACAACCCGCGACUCAGAGCAGGCGCGGAAGCAAAAGUCUUCACCACGCAUUUACAUUCUCAACCCCAGCCUCCGGCAAUCGUGGUCAGGGUAUCAAACGCCGAUCCAGAACCAUGGACAGCUACGGUAUUCCGGAUGAUGAUUUUGAUGAAGACAGCCCUAGGAAAGGCGGUCACACACUACGCAAGAGGGCUCGCGUGGAUUACACAUUUGAGCAUGUCGAUGACGAGGUAGUCGUCCCCAGCUCUACAUCCUCCGCUCGCAACAAGAAGCGAAAAUCAGACAACAGCUACGACUCUGAAGAGUUCUACGGCUCCGGUGCUAAGAGACGGGGCGCUUCGCUUGGUGCUGAUGCUUCCAGCAAUGUGCGGAGAAAUCCUUCUCGCAGCUCAGCCCUCGGAAGAGCCGACCACGGGGAUGACGAAGAUGUCAAGGAUACCAUUGAAGUUGGCGUCUCAUUUUCCGACAUGGACGAGUCUGAAGUUCGUCGUGGCAGUCAUUCAAGUGCCUCAUCGGCUGCUCAGUCCCUUGAUGGCUCGUGGAAAUCUGCACCUGCAGCAUCUAAUUUUGGCAGCAUGUACUUGAACGACAAGAGUACAAACGAAAACCCGCCUCAAAAGAUUGAAACUCAAGAUCUGGAUAUUGAUCCCAAUCUUCGGGCCAGUCCUCCCCCUGCACUCAAGGAACCUACUACCACCGUUGAUCCCAUGGUGGCUCAAUCAGAAAGCACAGACACCAAAAAGGCCGAUGAGCCUUCAAAAAAUUCCUCUAACAAAGCCGAAGAGAGCCUUGAGGUUUCAGGUAUUCAAGAAGUUGCUGAAGCUUCCAAAGCAACAACGCCCCCUGUUGCCGCUCAAGAUGAGCCUUCUGUUCAUGAGGCCAAGCCAGUGGUCGAACCAGAGCCAAUAAUAGAGGACAAGUCGAAUGACGAGACGGCACCUGUCCCUGAAACUGUCACUUCUGAUGAAGUGAAGGAUAACACUCCAGAUGUUGAUAUUCCUAUCCCAUCCGCGCCAGCAGCUGAGGCGAACACAAAUGAACCGUCCAUUACAGAACCGGAUGCGGUGGUCAAAUCACCAUCACCGCCAAAACCAGAAGUCGCGACAGAACCAAUGGAGAUAUCUCCUGCCAAACGUUCCCCAUCAGUAGGUAUUGCUGAGGAAGUGACGCCAGCAGCAGAAGUUGUUCAGGAGCCAACUGAGGAUGCAACCACAAAACGCAGCACUUCCGCUGAGCCAACAUCAAUUGUGCCAUCGAUAUCUGUAGAGGAGGUUGCGGAACCUAAGACUCAAGGCCCCGAGGAGCAAGAGAAGGAGCAAGAGACGUCACAACAAGAAUCCAAGGAAUCACCAGCGUCGGUAUCGAUUGUGGUCGAAGAUAAAGACUCAAUUAUUGAAGGUUCCAAUACUACUAGUCCCGAGAAGAAGGACAUCAUCAAGCCCAAGAAGCCGUCCCAAUUAGGGCCAAGCAAACCUCAGCCAGCUCCGAUCGGCCGGUGGGCUCAUUUAACACCAUACAUGGACGGGGAAUAUGUCUCGUACCCCGAGAAGAAGGCUCGUUCGGAUGAUGAAGCUGGCGGAGAUGAUUCCACGCCCGAUGACAAGGACGGUGAUAAGGAUGGCAACGCCAUGGAGCCCAUGGUUGAAGACAACGAUGAUGCGCCGGAACCAACAAGCCUUGAAGCACCCACGCCGGCCCUUAACACGCCAACGCGAGGUUCUCCCGUUCCAGACUCAAUGGACCCUACAGCUACAAACUCUCCAGCCCCAGCUGGCGAUGAUGGCGACGAUGGCGACAUGUCUGAUUCGCAGGAAGUGCCAGAGCGAAAGCGAUAUUAUAAAUAUCGCAAGGUUCGUGAUCCCGAAGAAUACAUUUCAGCUAUUGAGAAUUACGAAGACAUGACCACCACUGAGUUGUAUGAGAUACUCGAAGCUAUCAACAUAUCGCUCGUGCAGUGGCAAACCGAAUGGACAGAGUUGGGAAAGGUUGUUGACGACCAUGAAAAUGCUCUGCGCCGACGUCAAGCCGACGCCAAGUACGAAUCCCGGACGCGAAACCUGGCACAGCAUGGUGUCAACCACGAAGAGCCAGACUUCGUCGUCAAGGGGUACAAAUCCAAGGAACGAGAGCUGAUGAGCGAAACCCGCUAUCUUCAGGGUCAAGAUCGCAUCAUGGCUGCUACUUAUGGCUUCGAGUACGAUCCUCACCCGUCCAAGAUUGGCCGCCAGAAUCCUGAAACCCAGCAAGUUGGCAUCAUGACCAGAGGGCGCUCGCUGCGCAACCAACCAAGGCAAACGGUUAAGGCAUCUGAAGCCGACGAGGUUACCGGCAAGAGACAGCGCAAGCCGGUUCAGCUCUUUGACCCAGCGCCUCAAGAUGUUAGCCGAAGCUCGACACCAGUUCCAACGCGAGGCAGGAGACGCCGAAACGCCAACCCGGAGGAAGAGGCUCAGGUUACGAUGACUUCAAGCUUCAACGGAGACGGAAACUCGGACGAAGAGAGCGCGGCCCCCAAGACCAGAAGACGACGUGGCCCGCGUGCUAGCAAUGUGGUCCCCAGCAUUACUGAGGAAUUGGCUACACCGCGUAGCUCGGACAAUCUCGCUCAAGAAGAGACUGGCAGGUCGGGUCGCCGCCGAGGCAGGCAGCCCGUCAGAUAUGACGAAACGUAUGCUGAAUUUAUCGACGACGAUUCUCAGCCUGAGCCAAAACAACGGAAGCGCCAUAUGCUGACGCUGAAGAUACCCAGAUCCAAGAAUUUCAGCGAGCCUUCUUCGGCCAUUACCGACAAUGGCGAUUCAAGACCUUCAACCGCAUCAUCAGAAUCGUCGUCUCAUACUGCCGAGUCUUCGUACUCGUUCCGGCCCAAGCGCCAAAAGCGCUUUCGCGACGACCCUGAUGAGACGGACGAAGCCGUUCAAGCACCGCCCCGUAAACGAGGCAAGCGAAGUGUUCCUCAACCGAUUGGUGGUGUUGAGUCAUCCUUUGCUCUUGAUCAACCCACGCCGCCGGAUGCCCAACAAGGCGUCGGAGCCCGCAAGAUUGCCAAGAUCAAGGUUGUGCGGCCUCCAGGCGAUACCCGCAAUGGCACUCCCUCCUCACAACCUGGAGGUGGUGAUGGUGAUGAUAAGCCCAAGGAUUACAAGAACAUGACCAAGUCUGAAAAGAUGUCGGCAUCCAUGAAGAGUCGCUGGGCAAACGGAAACAUGGCCGGAGCCGUCGAAAAGCGAAAGGCUACUCUUGCUGCGAAAAAGGCAGCUCAAGCGGCGGCCGAGCAGAAACUCGGCGUCAUUGCCCCUAAGCCCAAAGUCAAGCCCAGCAAAAAGGAACUGCCUCCUCCAGGGCAGCCUCCAACGGGCUAUGUGCCGGCAAUGCCAGGUAUCAAUUACCCGUUUCCGUCGAAUCAAUGA